AUGUUGUCGCGACAGGCCCUGCUCCGCCCCGCGCGGGUUAUCAACACCCAGGCCCGCACCUACGCUGCCGCCGCCGCCUCCAGCAACGUCAAGCCUCCCGUGGCUCUCUUCGGUCUCGACGGCACCUAUGCCACUGCUCUGUACACGGCCGCCGUCAAGACCAACGCCCUCGAGCCUACCGCCAAGUCCAUCACCGGCCUCGGCAACCUCCUCGCUAAGGAUGCUAAGCUCGCCACCAUCCUCGAGACUCCCACCCUCUCCCCCGCCGACAAGAGCGCCAUCGUUGCCGAGCUCCAGAAGAGCGCCGGUGUCAGCGCCGAGACCGUCAAGAACUUCCUUAACACCCUCGCCGAGAACAACCGCCUCGGUCUCCUCCCCGGUGUCGUCUCCAAGUUCAGCGAGCUCAUGAGCGCCGCCCGCGGUGAGGUCGAGAUGGUCGUUACCAGCGCUCAGCCCCUCGACAACAAGACCCUCAACCGCCUCGAGUCCGCUGUUGCCAAGUCCGCCUACGUCGGCUCUGGCAAGAAGCUCAAGGUCACCAACAAGGUCAACCCCGACAUCAUCGGCGGCCUCGUCGUCGAGAUCGGCGACCGCACCAUCGACCUUUCCGUCUCCGCCAAGCUUGCCAAGAUGAACAAGCUCCUUAACGAUGCCCUGUAA